GGUGUGCCCGCGCGCGCGCGAACCUAGCUGCUGCUGCCCCGUAUGACGUGCUGGCGUAUAUGAGGCGGCGUGUUCUUUUGCGGCCGCGGCUCCACCGGGUUGUCGGUGUUGACUUUGACUUUGACUUGCUUGCUUCUGUCUUGACGCUUCCCCGAUCUUGACCCCGAUAUCGUCGCCUUCGUCUGCUUUGCCAUUGCGAUCGAACCAAACACUCACACUCAAUCAACUCCCGCCAUGAGCCCCUACUCCAAGUUCUGGCCCAAGGGCGGGCUGCCCGGCAUCCUGCACCACUACACCGAAACCCUCACGACCUUUGAAUUCACGCCCUCGACCGCCCGCAAACCCCACUCGCUCGUCUUCAUCGGCGGCCUCGGCGACGGCCUCGCAACAACCUCGUACCUCUCCGACCUCGCCCGCGCCCUCAACCCCACCGACUGGUCGCUCUUCUCCCUCACCCUCACCUCCUCCUACCAGUCCUGGGGCCUGGGCCACCUCGACCGCGACACCGACGAGAUCGCGCAAUGCCUGCGCUACGUGCGCGACUACAAAACCGGCCGCUUUGGCAAUGGCAAGCUCGUCCUCAUGGGCCACUCGACCGGCUCGCAGUGCGUGCUGCACUACCUCAGCCAGCCGAACCCGCACACCAGCGCCCCGGUCUUCGACAAGGGCCUGCAGCACGUCCAGCGGCCCGCCCUCGACGGCGCCAUCAUGCAGGCACCCGUCUCGGACCGCGAGGCCAUCCACUGGGUCCUGCAGCAGGGCUGGCUGGGCAAGUCCCCCGCCGACACGCGCAAGGUCUACGACCGCCUCGUUGCCAUGGCGCGUGAGGCCACCGCCCCCGGCAAGGACCAGUCCUUCGACGCGCUGCUCCCCGUCGAGCUCACCAGCCAGAUCGCCUACCCCGCCAACACGCCGCUCAGCGCGCGCCGCUUCCUCAGCCUCGUCAGCCCCGAGAGCCCGCACAACCCCGGCGAGGACGACAUGUUCAGCUCGGACCUGCUGGACGAGAGCUUGAGCCGCACCUGGGGCAUGGUGCGACAGCGCGGGCUGCUGGCCGCCAAGGCGCGCCUGAUGGUCAUGAUCUCGGGCGCGGACCAGGCGGUGCCCGACUGGGUGGACAAGCAGGGCUUGCUGCGCCGAUGGAAGGGCAUCGCGGAUGCGGGCAAGGGCGAUGGCGAGCCCGUCUGGGACGACGACUUUAGCGGCGUCAUUCCUGGUGCUAGCCAUGCGUUGAGUAAUGACGACCAGGCGGGGCCGCGGAAGGAUCUCUGUGAGCGCGUGCUGGGGUAUUUGUAUGCGGCCGAGCAGGCGUGAGCGUUUAUGGUGCUUUAUGAAUUAAUUGGUUCUUUGUCAUGAUCUGCUUGCUUUUUCUUUGUUUGCGCACCUAGUGACAGCCAACAUGAUUGUGGUGUCAAAACAAACAACCCCG